AUGACCCUUGAGCUUGAUCUCCAUCUCAACGAAAUCUGCUAUUACACAGAUUCAACAACAGUCCUUUAUUACAUCAGAGCUGAGAGAAAGCUUUUUCCAGUGUUUGUGGCCAACAGAGUCCGUCAAAUAAGAGACUUCAGCAACGCUAACCAGUGGAAGUACGUUAGCACUGAUUUGAACCCAGAAGAUGUUGCAUCACGUGGAGUAGGUUCUGUGAUAUCUUCAGACAUGACUCAUUGGCUGGAAGGUCCGGAUUUCUUGAAUAUGCCGGCUUCAGAAUGCCCUGCAAAGAUGCAUCCUAUCAGCGAACCGCAGGUUAUAGAAGACUACGUUAUGUCUUUAGCUACUACUGCUACAUCAGAAGAAGGCUCACCGUUUAUGUCUUUAAUCACCCAUUUCUCCAGGUGGGUAGGACUGAAGAGGCAGUAG